AUGUACAGAUCACCGCAGCUGCUGUACCUUUGCCACGCCUACCGUGUUGCUUCGUGCAGCACCAUUUACUACGCCCCCGUCUCUGCCUCGAGACCGUUCAAGGCCUUGAUCUUUGAUACAUCGAACCUCAUUCCCAAGAUUGUCCUCAGGUCAGGAGGCCCUGGAUCUAUUAAGAAAGUGAAUUUUGCUGAAGGUAGCGAAUUCAAGUACUCGAUUUCUUAUGAGAUAAAGAUCGAAUCCACUCCCGAGGAAGGAUCCAAGGGUAAAAAUAUUAGCACAUAUAAUACUAAACCAGGUGUCGAAAUUAAAGAAGAGGAUAUUAAGGCUGGUAAACAGAAGGCUGCUGGUGUGUUCAAGGCUGUGGAAGCUUACCUCUUGGCAAAUACUGAUGCCUAUGUUAAUUAG